UAAACUUGUACUGGUUUAGAGUAAUUAAUAUCGAUUCUAACGCGAAGGGCUUGGAUUUCAUUCGCGUGAACUCAUAGAGAUGCUGUCCGAGCCACAGUAAUGCGUAAAGAAUGGACACCAAAAACACCUCCAGGCAUGAACAGCGUCGACUAACCCCAAUGACUUUGGUCAGUUUAGUUUUUGAGAAUGAACGUGAAACAGAAAACAAGAAGCAUGGAAGAGGGGGAAUUAACUGGAAAUACCAAAUUGCUUAAGAAAAUAGAUCUGUUUGUCAGGUAGUCAUUUAUAAGAGCAAGAAGAGAUGUUUUAGUAUACACGCAAGCUGUCACUAACACACUACCACACUAUUUUCAUGCUUGUUUUGGUACACACCGAAACCAUUUUUAAAGUAGUGAAAACAGUGUGAUUAAAAAGGAAGAGUUUUGUGUUUAAUAUCAAAGUUCAGCGGCAAGACUGGGGAUACAUUUUAAGCCAGCCAGAGAAAGAGAACUGUGAAACAUGGAUUAUGGUGAAAGUGCUCUUUGUGGAAGUGGAGAACUGGAGCUGGAUCCAGAUAUUGUAAGCGAGGAGGCGGGGAAACUUUACUCAGAACUGCAGUUGGUGGUGGAGACCCAUGGAGCCGGUGUGGUGGAGUCCCUUCUGCCCAUCCUCGUCUGGGUUCUGGAAAGGCUGGCGAACUGCAGGGCUCAGCUGAGAGAGAGAGAGGAGAAGGCAGAGAAAGACAAAAAAGACAGAGAAGAACUGCUGGUGAGGUAUCAGAAUGAGAAAAUACUGAGGAGAGAGAGCCAAGAGCGCUAUUUGGAGUUGGAUGACCAGUUUGAGCAAGAAAGAAGGGCAAAGCGUGCAAGAGAAAUGGAGAGAGAACAGAGAGAAAGAGAACUGGAGAGAAAAGCCAGGGAACAAGCUGAUCAAUUAAUGACGUUGGAGGAGCAGAAAGAAAAUCUGACACGAGAGCUAAACUCAAUUAAACAGACGCAUAACAAGUCAGCACUGACACAUCGAGUUCUGCUGGAAAAGAAAAAGGAGAUGGAGAACGAAGCCUUCACUUUGAGGAAUCAUGUGCAUAGCAAACAUUCAGAAGCUGUUUCUACACAUGGCCAAACAGAGACCUCCAUCACUGAAGAGCAUGAUCCAAAACCUUGCAGUGCCCCUGAUUCCACUGCAUCAGAAAUUACCGUUACCAGCAACAGCAAAGUGACUGAUGCUGAAGUUAACCAUAAUAACGAUCAGUCCUUUAUCACUGACAUCAUAAGCUCCACCCCUGAGCUGGCUCAUUUGAAGGGCUUUGUUGAAACAAGCUCCCCUGUUUGUUCUAAGACAGCCUCUGAAUUAAACUCCAGUUUGUUUGAUGAAGCAAAACAAGCCCAGGAGGAUGAGAGCGAGGUGGUUGAAGACCAGAAGGUGGAAGAUGGAGAGAAAACAGAGGAGGAGGAAGAGAUAUACAAUGACUCUGAAUGCUUGGAGUGGGAGUUGAGGAAUACAGACUCUGUGUUUUCAGAGUUAUCUGAACUCAGCAGGGAAUAUGUGGAAAAUGUUGAUCAGGGGGCCAGUGUCAGAGAUAGCACAGGCCAGUUUGAGCAGACUCUUUCUCAAUAUGAAGAACUAAAACAAACUCAUGAAAUGGUGGAUACUGCUCGUAAGGCCCUUAUAUCCCGUGUUGAGGAGCUGACCAGUGAAAGAUCUGCCCUGAAUAUGGAACUUGAUUCUUGCCGUGAAACCAUCAGCCGACUGGAAGGAAAAACCAAGGAGAUGGAGGAUGAAAUCAAGCGAUUACAAAAACAGCUUGAGAAAGUCCAGUCAGAGGACCCUGAUGCUGUGCUACCUACUUCCCUCCGUCGCUUCUCUCGUUCUGAAAUGGCCCGGGUGGUCAUGGAGAAGAAUCAGUACAAAGAGCGGCUGUUCGAACUGCAGGAAUCUCUGCGGCAUUCUCAGCUUCAGAAAGUUAUAAAAGAAGAGCAACUGCCUGUGGAAGAGAAGGGUAGUGUCUGGAGCAGGUUUAAUAAUUUUCUAAGUCUGACAAAAGGUCAGUUAGCUCCAGCCACAGCUCCAGCAGUAACCCUCUCUCCAACACCAGCUUCUGUACAAACACCAGUGGUGUCUCCACAGCAACUCUCUACAAAAUCACCCCUGACAGAAAGUUCUCCAUCUCUCAGCUUAAGAAAAAAAGAGUUGUACAGGGAGAUCCGUACUCAUGUGUGGGCUGCUCUGGGUAAAAAACAGUUUAGUGGCUGGAGCAUGCCCCUCGCUGUUACAGACAUGAAGGACUCAGGACUCCCUCCUGAGCCCAAAGAUGUGCCCGUCCUCAUCCAGCUGAGACUGCUGGACCAGAGAGAUGCUACAGCGAAGCUCAUUUGUGCUACUGCAGUUCCUCCAGAGAUAUCAGGAGAGCAGACGUGUUUUGUGUGGGCCAUCACUGGACCUGCUUCCAGCAGUGAAGUCAUAGUGAUUGACCCGGCUCGCUCCAAUACCAUUCUGGAUCAGUUCAACCUUCCACCCACAUCCCCUGCAUUAUGCAUCUGUGCUGUGCCCCCUACUGGAGAGACUCCGGGAACUGUGUGGAUUGGGACCCAGGAUGGAGGUGUGCUGAUACAUUCAUCCUCCAGCUCCAGGCGCCGCUGUUUGCAGUCUGUCAGUCUUUCUGAGGGGGUUCACUCUCUGACGUAUUGUCAGGGUGAGGUGAUCGCUGGCUUGGCCAAUGGGACCUUUGCAUUCUUCACCCAUAAUUCAGGCAUCUGGAAUCUCCAGUCUCAAGAGAUGCUUUCACUUGGCACACCACCUUUGCAGCCCAUUCGCUGUUGCCUUGUCAAGGAUGGCUGUCUUUGGGUGGGAUACUGGAAUAAAGUUUACAUCAUCAGUGUGAAAAUUCGGAAAGUAGAGAAAUUGUUCACAGUGUCUGAGCGAACUGAGCAGCAGGUGCGUUUUCUGUGCGCAGCAGGAAGUGGCGUUUGGGCUGCUUGCCGUUUGGAUCCCAUUCUUAGGCUUUUUGACUGGACAACUGGCCGCCCUCUACAGGAAGUAGAUUUAUCAUCCAUAGCGACUAAAGCUUUAGGCUCUGCGUUCCUGUCUCUCUCUCCUCUUCAGAUCACAGCCUUGUCUGUGGCCAGUGAGCGGUUGUGGGUGGGAACAGGAAGUGGUGCAAUCUUCUCAGUUCCCCUGUCCCUCAGUUUAGAGUCCCGCUCAAUACCAUACUGCUCUCUUGCUUCAGCUCAGCUCUGUUACCAUGGCCAUCGACAAGCAGUUAAAUUCAUCAUUUCUGCUACAGGCUGCCGUAGUUCCUCCAGUUCACCAGAUGGCGCUGUUACUAUCUCUCAGCUCAUUCUCAGUGGCGGAGAAGGAUACAUCAACUUCCGAAUUGGAGAUGAUGGAAGUGAUGGGGCCAGUGAGUCUUUCCUACAGAGAUCAGAACGAAGUCACAUGAUUAUUUGGCAGAGCCCCACCCCCUCCGUCCCAAGCCCCGCCCUCUGAAAGCACUAAAAGCUGUUCAAUCAAACAGUCCUUGAGCUUUAUCAGGAUAAGAUUGUCCUGCAUAGUACAAUGCAUUACUUUUCUUCUGCCCCCCUUCUGUAGAUACUCUGAAGGGGAAUCAUAGGGCUAAAGCCAAAGUGAAGCAUUAACAACUUGGAUCUUCAUUCUGCACUUUCAUUUUUAAAGAACUGCUCAACAGGAUCUCUCCAGUGUUAGUCUUAAUUUAUGUUUUCAAAUUCUCUUAUUCUGUAUUUGACCAGUUAAUGUUUUUUUUUUUUGUUUUUUUUGUACACAAUUAUCCUAAAUGCCAUAACAAAGACAGGUUUUGAUUGUAAUGCUAGGCCAGAAAUUAUUAAUAUAGUUUUUUUCUUAUUUUCAAAUCAUAAGGAGUGAUGCAUUUAAACUGAUAUGCUGCUGGUCAUUACAUUAAGUAUUUUUGAACACAAUCAGUUGGUUGCUUGUCGUGCAUUAGAUCAACUGGAAGCUUGCACAAAGAUAAAUAAUUUCAAAAUGACAAGAAACUGACCAUGUUUGACAAACUACCUACAUGUUGUGAAAUUUACAUUUAUAGUGCAUAUACUUCAAUCUGCAUUGUUUAUUGUGAGGUUUUAUUGCAAAUGUUUUGUUGUAAAGUGAAUGUAGUCUUCUGUAUGACAUUUUUGCAGUAUUUCUUUGAAUGGGGGAAUGUGUGGCUCUUCCUAUUUAAUGAGUGAGAGAGAGAGUGACUUUAAUGUUGCGUUAAUGUUUUGUCAACUGGAAGAUGUGUCAUGAAAAUAUGCAACUUUGUAAAAUGCAUUCACACUAUAAUUAUAAAUUGAGUUUUGAUCUGAAAAGUGAUUCAGUAUUAUUAAAAUAAAGCACUAAAGUUGCGUUAAAUUUUAAAAUAAAAUGUGUCAGUGCUUGAAAUUUAA